AACCAAAAUGCGUCUCACCCAUCCACUCCGCUAGGAGCAAGCAAAAGCACAAGAGCACGUUUUUUCCAUCUACUUGUAGCUAGUGUGUUUCUUUUUUGGUUAUAAUGUGUUUCGUUUCUGCGUUGCCUCGAUUCUCUGACCUCCAGAUUUGAAUCAGGAAGUCUCCUCAUUCCUUCCCACCUCCCCGUCUCUCUCUCUCUCUCUCUCUCUCUCUGAAACCUGAGAGUUGAAACCUCUUCCAAAUCUUUCAUGGCACUGCCUCUGCUUAGAAACUGAUAUCAUCUUCGACGGUAGUGAGCAGCACCACUGUCGGCGAUGGCACAGUUGCGCGAGCUGCUGAAAGAAGAUCAAGAACCGUUCCUCCUCAAGAGCUACAUCGAGGACCGACGUUCCCAGCUCAAGCGCCCACCAAGAACCUCUCCCUCGCUCCAACUGCAGCUCAAGAAGCCAAAACCCAUCUCGCAUCAAGCCCCGAAAUCGUCCUCGAGUCUGUGCAAGAGCGUCUGUUUCUUCUCACACCAAGCCUCGCCGGACCCCAGAAAGUCCCCUCUCUUUGACUUCCCGUCUCCUUCUCCUCCGGCCAAAUCCUCCAACCCCAUUCUCCUCCACAUCCCGGCGAGAACAGCCGCUCUGCUUCUCGAGGCGGCUCUGAGAAUACAGCACAAGAGCUCCUCGUUCCCGACGUCGAAGACCCAGAAGCAGAACCUCGCGAGCUCCGGCAUUUUAGGCUCCAUCCUGGAGAGGCUGACCGGGAGUAACCGGUCGGGUCGGAAGCGAGAGAUCGGAGCGGCGAACGGAACAAAUGAAUCGAGACACGGUUCGUGGGAUUCGAGGGAGCGCGUGACGUGCAUCUCGGGGCAAUGCCGUACGGUGUCGUCAGAGAGCGUCGAAGACAAGUCGUCGGAUUUGGAGACUAGCUCGAGCAGCAGCAGCAGCAGCCACUCCUGUGAAGACGGAGCGAACGAUGCCGAGCACCCUGCCGUCUUCAGUGAGAGCCCUUCGAGGCCGUCCUUGCGGAGGAGCUCGUCCUCCAGCGACCGUACGCCGGAUUUCGCCUCUCCGGCUCCGUCGCCGACGCGCCGCGAACAUGAGCAGGACGAGAAAGACUGCGAAGCAGAGAGGCCGAAGAGAUCCGGAGCCGAAGAGGAAGAAGAGAAGGAACAGUGCAGCCCGGUGUCCGUGCUUGACCCACCAUUCGAGAACGACGACGACGAAAGCCACAGCAUCGAGGACGAGGGCGGUUUUGACUACGAGUGCAGCUAUGCCAUCGUGCAGAGAACAAAGCAGCAACUGCUGUACAAGCUUCAGCGAUUUGAGAAACUGGCGGAGCUAGAUCCGAUUGAGCUAGAGAAAAGGAUGCUAGAACUGGAAGCUGAAGAAGAUGACGAUGCCGAUGACAUGGAGGCAGAUGAUAGUGCAACCGAUCAAGCAGGUUCAUUCGAUGCAACAUCGAUCAGAUCUGAUGGGUUCAUUGGAGAAGUCGUCGAACUGUGCUUCGCCAAUAUGAGGAAAGUUCCCGGUAGCUUGACAAAAUUGGUUGCCGAUCUCAUUGCCGAGGAAGAGGGAAGAGAGAGUAAAUCCGACGAAAAGGAAGCGGUAGUGAAGAGGCUGUGUAUGAGGAUGGAAUCAUGGAAGGAGGUAGACUCUAGCACAAUUGAUAUGAUGGUAGAAAAUGAUUUCAGGAUGGAACUCGAUGCAUGGAAGAUGAAUCAAGAAGCCGUAGGAGAGAUGGCUGUAGGGAUUGAACUUGCAAUUUUCAGCUUACUGGUGGAUGAACUGUCGCAGGAGCUAGCUUGAUAAAGCCAGUAUUUUAUUCCUAAAAGAUCUUUUUAUCUCGACACCCACUUCUCUGAAUUUCAAAAUAUCGUGCUUACAGUACAGCGUGCUUGGUGCCAACAGAAUUAGAAGGAUUUUGCGCUGCGGUGAUGCGCGCACAUCCUCCUUUUAGCAUUUUGGUUGGUUGCAAGCGCACGAAUGUGCAGGACUAAAAGAGUGUACUCAUAUGGCUGGACGAUUCAACACUAUCGGUUGCACAUGAGCAGAUUAAACGGCUAGGAUAAACCUUAGCGGUUUCCUGUUGUUACUUCAGUUCUAGACCUUGGAGCUGUGUAGGUGCUGGAUAUGAUGAAUUCGAUACCCGGUGAACGAAGGAUCAUAUGUACUCGUAGCAUUUUAGCAAGUAGGAGAAGAUGUAUGUAACUUCAGAAGAGAUAUCACAUGUACAAUAUCAUUGAUCAUGAUCAACUUCUGCAAUUCAGUUCUGAACUAGUUCCUAGUCUCCAGCAGUUUCUGUUGUUUUUUUUUUGCUGAAUCUUUUGUUUCAGGAUGCAAAGAUUUAUCAAACCGAGCACGUCUGUUGUUUCA